CGGCUCAAAUUAGCAAAAUGUCUAGCUUUAAAACGUCAAUCCUUGUAAAUAUUGUAGCCGCUUCAAUCAUCACAGUGAUAUAAAUUUAACUCUUUUUGUUAAUUGCUUGUUAUGGGCAAGCUCUUCAAUUAAAUGAUUAAUUUAAAGCACUAAUCCCUGUGAUAUGGACGCAAAAUUUUUAGCUGGGUUCAAAAUUAUGGAAAAUAAUUCAUACAUGUUGAGGAGAAACGUCUGAUGAGAUUUUCUUGAAAAUUUGGCCUUGGGAUUUAACUAGCCUGGCUAGGUUUUAGAUUCAGCUUCAUGGCUUCUUUUGUCGUGAAGAAAUAAUAUGAAGUGGUAUAGGUAAUUAGCUUGCUUGAAUUUUCCCAUCAACAACUUCCAACUCACUAUCGACGUAAAUGAUGAAAUGGCCAUCUCAUCGUAUUGUUACAAUGAUAGAUGUAUUUGAUUUCCUUACUAUAUAUUUUUUGGUGUGUCAUGAUGUUUUUGUAACCAAUCCUAUUUAUUUCCCCGUAAAUGAACUUCCGACAAAAAUUUAAUUAAUGAAAUUAUCGUGUUAAAGAUAUUGAGAGAGUAACCUCAAUAGUUUAACAUGGUAUUCAUAUUUCCAUUCAAUUUAUACGCCUAGAAUCAUAUUUAGAGUUUGAAUAAUGUUUCAUAGUUUGCAGUCGAAGAUUAUCAGCAUUCAGUUACAUCGCUAGGAUUUCUGUUUUAGCGGUACGUCAAUAGCCACUCAAUGAAUAGAAUGGUGUAGCUAAAUAAACCAUCGAACCACUGAAAUUUUCUUUCUUUACUUCUACAGUAAUUUAGAAUGGUAAGAAAACUGGCAACGAAAUACCCGGCUUAUAACAAAAUGCAACUUUGAAUUCAUGCUGACAGGCGAAAGUUCUCCGCAUGCCCUAAGCUUUAAAAUAAAGUACUGAAAUACAUGUUGUACGAUCAUGUGUUGAGUUGGGAAAAAAGAUUGGCCAUCAAGCAGUUUCAAAGUUUCGACGAUGUUCUGAACUUUGGACGAACGAAUUUUAGAGGCUGACUUUAUAUUCCGGUCCCUCCAAUCCGCAUUCCGGCGGUUCCUUUGCUGCCUAAAACGCGCCUAGCCGCUCUGCCCGCUCACGGCUCGGGCUCAUUGUUGGUCAGUACAUUUUUGGGCCUGUUCGUGUGGGGUUGUGCCGCUCUUGCGCUCUUCUGACGUGACUUGAUGUGUGCUGAGUAUCAUAUAGGCUCCACUAAUCAUUUCACCGAUGAUACAUCUUGUUUAGUUUAUGAUCUAUUCCAACUUGAUUGUAGAAGUUUGUGGAAUUCAAUACGAUGAACUGAACUUAUCCAAUAUUAUAACAUCGCACUGUGAAUAAAUAGACUUGUGUAAUAUUUUAAUUGGUGAUUUUACUCGUCCGACCACUAUGGCUAAUACUUUAAUUUUUGCUUUGGUCUGUUUGCCAUUAUUGACGUCUCACGUCUCGUCGGAAGCUACCGUUGCGUACCAUGAAAUGGACUUGUCAUUUGACCAAAAAUCGCGCACAAAUGAGGAAGAUCAGAGACCGAUCGACGCCGUAACAUCUGUGAACGACAAGCACCGCGUGUCUGCUAAUAUGCACGACUUCAGAGCACACGACUUGAAACGAUUUGUGCAUCUCAGAAAUAAAGUCGAUCGACUUCAGUUACAACAGAAAACAGACAGGAUAAAAUUGGAAAUCUUGCAAAAGACCGUAGAAAAUCUAUUGUAUUUUAAGAGCAGCCAAAUUGAGCCAGUCACAAAUGAGAAACAAUUGAGUGAAAAAUUCGGGAAAAAUGUUCCUCACGAAGAUGGCUCAUUUGAACAGGCUAGAUUAGAUGAAGAAAUACAAGAAUUCUCAACGAAUCAACGCCAACACCAAAAUUUAGUGAAAAAUAAUCAAGACGAUAAUCAGUCGCAGAUUGAGAUGCUGCGGGCAGAUGUCGUACAAUUGAGAAAAGACCUUGAAGCUUUAACGUGUUGCUCUCAUGCAACCAACGAUCCACCACACCGUAAACAGCCUACAGCGUCCGAGUUUCCCUCUUCGGCCAAACUUCAGCUCCAGCAGUCAGACUCAUCAAGCGCUAGUGCUGCUCUUGCCUACUCGCCAUCAGCCGAAGAUAACCUACGUAAAGAGAUUCUUUGGAUCAAGGAAAGUCAGACGCGACUUCAAAACAUCCAACAAGAUUUGGAGGAGAAGUGCAAUGUCACUGUCAUCAUGCACGACAAACAGAAACUCGAUUCGCGUUUGGUGGGCUUGACUGAAGGUCUAGCCGUGCUGCAAGAAGGCCUGUCUCAGGCAGCUGCUCGGGCCUCUGCCACCGACGCUCAUGUCACGUCGCUCUCACAGGACGGCAAAGAGACAACUUCUGCCAUUCAGAAGGCGGAUGCGAGGAUUGCUACCCUCGAGAAUGAGGUUACAUCUCUAAGGGAGGAUUUUAAUGAAGCUCUGUCAGCUCUUCCCGAUGGCGCACUAAGUCCCGCAUUUUAUGCUUCGAAAUCUAACAAUGAUUCGAGGCCGGCCCCAGCGCGGUUACUGUAUUCUCUCUCCGGUCUCUCGAAGCUGCAACGGUCUUCAGUCGAGCUCCUUGAAGCCGUCGACAACCUUCAGUCCCAGCACGAAGCUUCCCAAAUCCAACUGACUCGCGAAAUGGCGGACCUCGAGUUCAAUGUCAGCCGAGCUCUUGUGGAACAUCAAGAAACUUUGAAGCGCGUAAGAGCGAGUGCUGACUCAGAGGCUAACUUAGCGUCAGACUUGAGGAAUCUAAGAGACGAGAUGCAGAGUUUAAAGCUCAACUUCGAUGUGAUUUCCGCUAAUCAAUCGCUUACUUCAUCGAACAUUGAUCGACUUGAAGCAAAAUUUGCGCAAUUAUUCGGAGAGAAUGCAGCGUCACAUAGAAGUGCUCGUAAUGGAAAUUUACGGUUACGAAAUCUGUCUCACAAUUCUGGUACACGUUCCGAGAUUGAUAUUCCAGGAUCGAUUAACAGAGCUUAUGGAACUCGCCAUCGGAGACGAAAACUAAAGCGGAAACACGGAGCGUAAGCACUUCAACUCAAAGCCACAACCGCAGAUACAUAAUUUUUUUUUGAUACGAAGGUCAAUAUUUUCUUCUGCAAAACUUCAUAAUACUCCUGAGAAUAAUUUAUCGUUUUAAAUACAAAAUCACUUGAUUUUUGAUCGAUUAUUUGGUCUUAAUUUAGUCUUUUUAUAUCUUCGUAAACAAAACUUUAUUCUCGAACUUCUCCUUUCUGCUUAAUUGAUUUUUUUAAUACAUUCAGUGUAAGGAUAAGCCUUUAAAAGAGCUGUACAGUUUAGAAGAAACGUUUCUUGUCACCGCAAAGCGUUUACCUGCCGAAAAUAUUUAGUCGAUUUUGUACAAAUAGUAACUUUCAAAUGACAUAGCGUUGAUGGGAUUGGAGCCAUUUUUUAAUCCCGAAAAUUAGCUUGCGUAUGAGUUUGAUUUGUGAAUAGUUGAGUUACCUGUACAUGUGACCUGUGGUGCCUAUAGUGCUGAAGUUGGACGUAGAUCUCGGUGUUUUUUCUUAACAAAUUAAGAAUUAGUUUUAUGCUUAUAUUCGUGGUCGAUGGUAAAUUGUUUAUUGUUCCCAUACGUUUAUCUCUCCAACGAAAUUUUUUUGGGGAUCGAGAGAAUGAUCUCAGUUGAUUUAUUCAGUGAAAUUUGAUGUAUUCAGUAUUCUCGGUUACCUCAUUGAGGUUUCAUUGUUGAAUUGUGGGAAUUAUAAUUUGUAUAUAAAUGGAUUUUGUCAGUGCUAGCUGAGGAUUGUAUUAUACUCUUCAUCCUGUGCUGAUCAUUACUGAAAUUUAAUCAUAUCAAUGAAAAACUAUACCCUCGCUAUACGAAGUUAUGAUAAAUUGGAAAUUUUUUUAACUGUUUCUAGCUUCAACCUCUGCAUUUCUCUAGCCAUAACGCUCACCAAAGACCAGCUCUAGAUACCUCUUAAAAAUUUGAUUCGAUUUAUUUUAAAUGUUUAGAAAUAAUCCAGGAUUUCCUAGUUAUUUUAGGAAUUGGAAAUAUUGAACCGAAUUGCGCUCUACAACUUUGACCAUUUAUUUGUUAAGAUAGAAUUAUAAAAUAAUUAAAAAAAUAAAUAAGUUUUCAAUGGCCAAUUAUUUAAAUGUGGUUCGUGUGUAUAUUUGAUGCUAUUUAAAAUAUCUGUUCUCUCCCUAGUCAUUUUUGUUGUAAUUAAUGUGAUUUAUUAGACUGAUUUUCUCUUUACGGUUCUAUUCAAUCUAGACGUUCAGAACAUAUACAUUAUAUUCAGCUUGAAAAGUUUGCGUAUUUUAAGAAGCUUGGCUAAUAUUUUUUCAUAGAGUGGCGGUUUAUAAUGCACUAACAUGUGACCAGAUUUUUAUCAAUAAAUAUUGUGAACUUAUUCCAUAAUUGUCGUUCGUAGUUCAUUUUGAAAUUUCGGAUAAAGCUCUCAGAUGAUAUCUGAUUAAUUAAUUUUGGAAAUUGUGUAUAACUAAGUUUAGAGUAAACUUAGUUUAGUUUGUGCCAAAUUUAGUUUGUUGUACGCUUUUAUGUAGGCAUUGAUGCGUGUAUAGCUUGUACUAUUUUUUUAUUCUAAGUUCUUGUCCACUUGCUUAAAAGUUGCGCAUCAUGAGAGCUGUCCGAUUACACAUUUAUUUAUGCAAAUUUGUUGCAUAAACUUGCAUGAAUGAAAAAACUUCUGCCUAACUGUACCAUUGUUCAAUUAUUUGCAACUAAUGCCGGAACGCCCAAAGAUAGACGAAAUUCAUUGAUGCCAACACAUGAAUUAUAUUGCUUGUUCCCAUAUAUAUAUUUUUGUGAUGCUUUUUAAUUUUGAAUUUCAUCUUAAAAUUCUGAUAAUCUGCCAAUUCCUUUUAUCAAAUGUUUUUCUUACAAACGUGAAGAGUUUGAAUGUAAGCAAACGCAAAAUAUAAUGCAAUGAACACAGUUUAAUGUUGCUUGUUUCUCUUUGCUUUAAGACUUUUCAAUGCAAAACCCUAAAGCCGAUCACUCUUCGGUGUCAGUUCCAGAGCAGGCGAGAAAAUGAUUACAGUGAAUAACAGAUACAUCGUAACUUGGAUUAACUUAACUGUUGAAAUAAAAUGUGUGCAGCGUG